AACAAUUUCGGGUGACGUGUUGUUCUGUCAUUCUGUCAAAUUUCCCAAAAUUUUGCCGAUAUUUUCCAAAUUUACGCAAAAAUGAAAGCGUUUGCGAUUUCGUCGUUACUAUGCCUAUUCUUCCUACUGGACCUGACUUCGGCCUUAUACUUCCACAUAGCUGAAGGCGAGAGAAAAUGCUUUAUCGAGGAAAUACCCGACGACACGACCGUCAUUGUGAACUACAAGGUCGAGCUCUACGACCCUCGCUCCGGCGGGUUCAUGCCGUCAUCGCCUGGCAUCGGCAUGCACGUCGAAGUGAGGAGUCCUGAGGAGAGUGUGCUACUGUCUCGAGUCUACUCGUCGGAGGGAAUGAUCUCCUUCACGUCCACGAGCCCCGGGGAGCACUCAAUCUGCAUGUACUCUAACAGUACUUCGUGGUUCAGCGGGUCGCAGUUACGAGUGCAUCUAGACAUCCAGGUGGGCGAGCACGCGGUGGACUACGCGCACGUGGCGCAGAAGGACAAGCUCACGGAGCUGCAGCUGCGGAUCCGACAGCUGUUGGAUCAGGUGCACCAGAUCACUAAGGAGCAGAGCUACCAGCGGCACCGUGAAGAGCGGUUCCGUCAGACCUCCGAGAGCACGAACCAGCGUGUACUGUGGUGGAGCCUGCUGCAGACUGGCGUGCUCGUGGGCAUCGGCUACUGGCAGAUGAGGCAUCUCAAGAGCUUCUUCGAGGCCAAGAAACUUGUGUAGAGGAGAGAGUUGUGUUUUAGUUUUUAUGUGUGGCUGUUUGGCUUUUGAUGAACUGAGGGAAACCUGUUUGUUUGGGUGAAUCUUUCUUCUUUAUAAGAGACUAAAUAUUAUGUGGCGUAUUGACACAUUGGUUUCGCUAUAGCUAAUUUGAAUGUUGCUAGAUAGUAAAUUCAAAUUGGUUAUCAAGUUCAUCACCAGCCAUGCCAAGCAUGCAUCAUAAUUAUAUUAUGUGGAAGAGAGGACUAAUAAAUUAGGACAUGAAUGAAGUGUUAGUUUGAAGGUGUGUAUAUUCUAUCAGCAUUUGUUUCAUGUUUUUGUUAAAUAUUUACAAUGAACUGUAAUAUAUUAAAGAAAAAUUGGCUGGAAAGGUAUUUAUGUAUUAUGAAAUCUAUCUGUGUAUUAUUUAAGUAACCCCUUGAGAGAUAAAUGAAAUUGCUAUUGUACUAACCAUUUUGUACAGAUCAACUAUAAUUACAUCACCGCAAUUUGUAUUAUAUCCUACCAAUAGUAGAGAAAGUGGUUCUAUCAAGGAAAGGAUUUUUUCAUUUAUAUGUUUUACUGUGUAAGCAAGAUUGCCUUGUGCUUUGGACAGGAACUUACUGUUAAAGUUUAGUUAUUCCAUUUUCCCUAUGUUGAUUUCAAUAAAUGUUCAACUGAUCUGUGUUUUAUAAAUAAAGUUGUAAUAACUUCUU